GUACCUUUUAUACGGAGAGCAAAACACGGAGUGGAUAGAAGCAAACGGAGCUCAUAUCCUCUUUGUGGCGUAUUUUGUACUUUAUUCUUGGGAUUCAAACAUUUUUUGGGAGGAACGAAAGAAAAAAAAAUCAACCCCGCCUGGGUCUCCGCGUUUGCCUCUUUUUUCCGCAACUAAAACAUUUAUUUUUCACGCGUGAAGAGAAAAGUUCUUCGGAGGAACUUUUGCAAGUUGUGAGAGUGAUCAAGUGAUGGAAUUUGUGUGAAAAAGUGCGACAAGAAGACGCAAAUUCACAAAGUUCUCGUUUUUUUUUCUCUCUUCACUUCACUCACUCAACCACCCACAACCCCUUGCGCACGACCCACACACGGGGUACGAGAGAAAUCAAUCGUUGGGAUUUCUUCGACAAAAAAGGGGUUUCCUGUUGUGCCCAGCAGCUUCGUUGUGCAAAAGCAAAUUGCAACAGAGCUCCCAAUUUUUUUUUUACUAGGGGGGUGUGAAAGGAAAAAUUUGCAGGACGAAGAGAUAAUUUUUCACAAGUGCGGGGGUGGAUUGGGCAGAGCCCCCAAAUUGCGCGUGUGUUUGUGUGUGAAUUUGAUUCUGAAGGAAAAUUUGCCAACACAGAUGACUCUUAGCUGUUAAAUUUUUCCUUUUGGGGGUGGUAAACAGCAAAAGUAGAGCCAAAGUUGCGCCAAUUUUGGGGGUUGAAAAAUUUCGCGGGAUUUUGUGGGGUUGUUCCUCGAAAAAAAAGAAAGCUUCGUCACGGAUUUUUUGGCACAAUCAACCCCACGCAGAAUCACGACGCUUCGUACCAUGGGGACAGUGCUGAGCUUUUCGCCACGUGAACGGCGCCCCGUCUAUUCGACGCAUCAUCACGGGAACGGGCUGAGUUCCGCCGGAUCUGCGGACUUUGCCCUCAACAAUUUCAGCUACGAGCAGCUGAAUAAUGUUCGCAAUCGCGAGAACAACAAGCCACCGUGUCAGACUGUGCCUAACAAUGCCACCGUUGUCCUCGUCGGCCAGACCCACAAUCACACAAACACCACCUCGGGUAGUGGUGGUGGUGGCUGCGGCAACGGUGGCGGUGUCACCAACAAUACAGCCACCCUCCUGGGUACCGAUAGUGCGCGCAUCCUGUCUGAGAAGAAUGCCCUGGAGAAGAAUCUCAAGAAGCAUUCGCUUUUCAUUAAUGCCUUGUCGUGGAAACGACUGGCGGCUGCAUCGCAUGGCAAGAAGAAGUUGGACAAUAACAAAAAUAAAGCCGCCAACCUCCCGACAGCCACAUUCCGUACCCCACUGACCGAUGUGAUUCAUCCCCUUGUUGCGGAUAAGAAUAAGAAUAUCCAGCAGCAGGUGCAGCAGCCGCCGCAGCAGCAGGUAUUCUUCACACCGGGCGCCCCAAAGGCCCUCCUUGCCCUCGACUUGGUGCGUGCCAACAAUACAAAUCCCAUCCAGCAGCCCGACAAAUUAGCCCCGAAGCUACCACUCACACUUCCCCUGUCGCUCCAGACAGCCGCCGUUACGCAACCCCAACAUAGCCAUGGACCGAGAAAGACUGUCAUUCAGGCCUCCACGUCAGAACUCCUAAAGUGCCUGGGAAUGUUUCUGCAUGAUCGCUGCAGAAAGCUACGGGACUUUCAAGCUGGUGACGCUGUUAUGUGGCUGAGAGCUGUCGACAGAAGUUUACUGUUGCAGGGAUGGCAGGAUGUCGCAUUUAUAAAUCCUGCAAAUGUUGUUUUCGUAUAUAUGCUGGUUCGUGAGUUGGUCGAUGGUGAGGAGACCAAGGAGUCCGAAUUGCAGGCCGCUGUACUCACCUGCCUCUAUUUGUCCUACUCAUACAUGGGCAAUGAAAUUAGCUACCCCCUGAAGCCAUUCUUAGUCGAGGAUUCUAAAGAUAAAUUCUGGGAUAGGUGCCUCCUGAUUGUAAAUCGUCUCAGUGGGAAUAUGCUGAGAAUAAAUGCCGAGCCGGGUUUCUUCACUGAAAUCUUCACGGAGCUCAAGGCAUGCGGUAUGAAUGCCAUCAACAAUAAUCCCGCAAAUGGUGUCGCUUGACGCAGACAUCCCCGUGAGGUUGUUGUACGACUCUCAAUUGCUGGGCAACAGCAAAAGUAUCAGCAUCAGACAUCACUCCAGGAGCUCACGAGUGUUGUGUAGGUUUUACGUGGGAAAUUUACGGCCAAAACCAGGCAGCGUAUGCACUUCCAUCCACUUUUAUAAAAUGGACACCAGGGCAGUAAUCGAACUUUUGAAUUUUAUCAUUUUUCGUGCUUUUAAUUUUCUCCGUGAAAAUUAUUGUGUGAAGUAUAUAAAUAUGUAAAAGAAAUCUGGUGCGUCGGACCUUCCGUGAAGAGAAACUUUCCUUCUUUUCUUUUUGUGUCGUCGUCGUAAACAUUUUGCACGAUUAAGAAACAAAAUAUUUAGUGAAAAGCACACACAGAUAGGAGAUUAAAGAAAAACUGAAGAAUAAAUUGAGAGAAAAUAAUGAAUGGUUCAACAUCAAAGAAAACUAUGCACGAGAAUGUUCUCAAGAAAGUUUCAAUGUUGAUUUAGAAAAAAAAAUUUUUGAUGCAAAAAUUUGAGAAUAAGAAAACGUUAAUUGUGAUGAAAGUAAAUUAAAAAAAAAUAAAAGCAUACAGAAAGGAUUUUACUGAUUAUAAGAAAAUGAGAUAUUUAUAUGUGAAAUGUCGUGAGAUUGUGGCUCUCGAAGAGAAUUUUCUAAAGAACUAUUUGCAGUGAAGGGGCUGUAUAAUGUUUAACAAAAAAAAAUUAAUUAUUAAAAAUUUCUAUUGAAGAGAAAAUCGAUUAAAAAACAUGCAAAUAUUAAAAAAAAACUCGACUUCCGCGAAUGAAAUUUAACUUUUCUGUUCAACAAUUUUCUUGUAUAGAAAGGAAUGUGAAAAAAAUGGAGAUAAUAAAGAGAAAAAAAAAGGUUUUGACUUGCGAAUAAAUCUGCAAGAGGAGUACCAUUGAAAAUGAAAUUAUUAGAUAUUCGUAGAGGUUAAAAAACACACGUAUUAAAUAUAAAUUAAAACUAAUGUAAGUAAAGUAGACGUAACUUGUAAGAGGGAUUGACAAAAAAUCAAUUUCGCAGCUAUAAAGGAAAACUUUGCAGGAAAACUUCUUUUCAUAUUUCUUUUUCUUAUUAAAAACUUUAGCUAUUCUGUUGGGUUUUUUCUUUAAACUUUUAAAAGAAGAAAAGGUAACCUCAAGUAUGGAGAUUUUUCUGUAAAAUGUAGUUCAUUAAUAUAGAAUGUGUUACAGAAAUGUUCUUGUCAUUUUAGGUAGAGCAAAAAGAUGAAAUAUUUUCAUAUAAAAGUUCAUGAAUGAUCUUCUGAAGGAAAAACUAAAUAAUUUUCUUCAAGUAGAAGUACAUAGAAAAAAAAAAGAAAUUUCGAGCUCUCCAUUGAUUCUUCCAAUGUAAAAGUUUAAGAUAUUUAGAGAAAAGAAAAAAAACUCUCAAUAAAUAAUAUUUUAUAAAGUAAAAAAAACUGGAAGCAUUGAUAUUUUACAUAAAAAAUGACCAAAAAAAUCUCGUAUGGAGAAAAACAUCUUGAGACACUGCAAUAAUAUUUAUUUAACAAAAGAAUUAAAUCUCAUUGAAUGUUUUAUUUUAGUGGAAAAGAAUUUUUGUAACAUUUUGGGGAAACGGUCUAAAGAAAAAUGUGCAAUAAUUUAUUACACAACAAAAAUUAAAAAAAAAACUCACUAAAAGUAUUUCAAAAUGUAAUAAAUAAAAAAAAUCAAUCAAUGCCGCAGACUGGGUGACAUUAUUUCUUCUCUGUAAAAUACAUUCACCAAACACACACAAAAGAAAACUCAAUAAAUGUAAUAAAAAUCUUUGAAAAAAAAUCCCCCUACAAACAAAAAAAAACGAACAAUUCGUGAAAUAUUCUUUAGGAGUAUUCUUAAUAAACUAAAAAGAAAAAUAACCUUUAAAGUGAUCCUCACAAGAUUUAUGGGAUAAAGUUUAUUGACAUAAAAAAUAGCGAAAGAAAAAUUGUUCAAUAUUGUAUUUAAAAAAAAUCUAUAUAUAUUUUAAAGAAAAAAAAAUACACAUAUAAAAAUAUAAACGAAAAAAUACCAAAAAAAAUUAUUUUGAAGCAGUUGAUUUGAAGGACAUCAGCUCAGGUGGAAUAGCUCUCAAAUCAUUCAAGCUCCUUAAUUAAAUUGAAGUUUGUACCUAAAUGUUUCAUUUUUUCAGGUUAAUUUUAUGAGUAAAAAAAACUUUUUAUAUAAUUAGCAAAAUUUUGAGUAAAGGCUUUCAUUUUGCUCAAUGCGAGUUUAAAAUUUUCCAUACAAUUUCCCUACGAAAUGAACAAGUGAAAUGAUAUGGAAAAAGACAAGCUUUUGUUAAAAAUUUUCUUAAUUACAAUAAUAUGAAGUUUUUUUUUUAAUAAAAUUAACUGAAAUAGUAAAACAUCCAAGUACCUACUUCUGAUUUAUUUUAAAGUGAAAAAAUGCCAUCUCACCUGGGCUAGAAAUAAUAAAUUCCAUCAACAAAAAAAAUGGUCAAAUUGUAAUUAAUUUGAUAACGAAGUAAUUUCAUGUAAAACUAUAGUGAAAUUUAUCUAGGACUUAGAUGAGGAGUAAGUAAACCAAUUUAUUGAAGAUGUAGCAAAAGAAGAAGAAGAACGAGGAGUUCAUGGCCGGUGGUGUGCAAUAUUUUUUAUUAAACAAAUUAUAACAUGAGACUGCCUCGUGUGUGGUAUACAACCAGAGUUUCAAAGAAUUUUUCAUCAACUUUUACUCUCUCGCUCUCUCAUUCUUUACUUCCCUUCUCUGUCUCUUUAUCCACCAACCUCCGUUUGCAUAAAAAAAAAGAAAAACUUCCCAAAUUCCCACAAGGAUGUUUACCCUUAACAAAUAUUCCCUCAGGUUUCAUCACAAAGAGAAACUUUUUCUUCAUUUUAGCUGCAUAAUUUUUGCCUCCUUCCCACACUUUGCUGGACACAUUUAGUUCAGCAGAGGAAAACCC